AUGGUUCUAUUGCGAUCUGGUCUGGCUGCUGGCGAGGGCGAAGGGUUGCAGGCUUCUGAUGCAGGGACUUCAACGGGGCAACCCCCCGUCGUCCCAAAUAAUCAGGAACGCGUCGCAGCGUUGGAACAACUGGUGAACCAGUUAGUCCAGCAAAAUGGGAUGAUUCUGCAACGCUUAGCCACCCCCAACGAGGAGAGAAACAGUGAAGUACCCAACGAUGACUCCCAUAGGGUUAACAACGAUGUUGAGCUUAGUCAAAUAGGGGGUCAACAAAUGAGCCAUCACCAUCGGUCCCCUGAACGGAAUACCACCAGGCUCCGUGGAGAUACUUCUAGUUAUGUUAGAGACAAGGCUGAGGACGCCACUCAGUUCGAUCUAGAGUUGCAGGAUCUGAAAGCCAAGGUUGACGAUGUCAUGCAAGCGAUGAAAGGGAAGGGCCAGGCUGCAGUGAACGAUAUGGUACAAAAGACUAACCUAGCUUUUAGCCCAGCUGUUAUGAGUUGUCCUCUACCUAGCAAAUUCAAGAUGCCAACUCUUGAGAGCUUCGAUGGGACGCGGGAUCCUCUCGACCAUUUGGAGACCUACAAAGCUCUUAUGUAUUUGCAAGCCGUUCCGGACGAGAUUAUGUGCAGGGUUUUCCCUACCACACUCAAAGGUUGGGCUCGUCUCUGGUUCAAUAAAUUAAAGCCAGGCUCCAUUGAAAACUUUGAAGAGUUGAGCAAACAAUUCAUAGGACACUUCAUCGCUGGGCAGAAGCACAGGAGACCAGCAACACAUUUACUUAAUGUGAAGCAGCAGAAGGGAGAGUCCCUUCGUGAUUACAUAAAUCGUUUUAACACUGAAAUGCUGCAAGUUGAAGAGGUGGACGACAAGGUUGCCCUCACAGUCUUUAUGGGAGGACUACAGACUUCUAAGUUCCUAUUUUCCUUAUCAAAGGAAGCCCCUACAAGCAUGACAGAGUUGAUGGUUAGAGCGCGGAAGCACAUGAAGGCUGACGAUGCUAUGAAUGCACGAAAAAACAAAGAUGGUGAAGAUAAGAGGUCGGAUAAGAAGAGACCAGCACCUAGCACUAGGGAGGAAAGGGAAUUGAAGUACAAGAAAUUCUCAAACAACCAGGCUGACAGAUCGUUUCGCCGCCCAGCGAGCCCAGGCAGGUAUAAUAACUAUACCCCCCUAAAUACAUCUGUAGAGCAAGUCUUUCUGCAGAUUCAAGAUGACGCAUCAUUGAAAUGGCCACCAAAGCUAAAAGCUGAUCCAACAAAGAGGUCUCGAGAUAAAUACUGUCAUUUACGCAAAUUCACAACUAGAAAUGGAAAAGGAGGCUCCAACCCAGCCCGGGAGGGCCGAGAUGAUCCCCCUCCUCAACACCAACCAAUGGGUGAGAUCAAAGUUAUAUCAGGUGGCUUCGCUGGUGGUGGUGAGACGAGUUCAGCUCGGAGGGCUCAUGCUAGGAGAAUUCGGAGUUUUUCAGAGGUGAAUGAAGUUGGAAUGACAAGUCCUCCAACAAAAUUACCUCGAGUUGAGGAGCCGGUCAUAACCUUUUCUGAAGAAGAUGACAAGGGAAUUCACCAGCCCCAUGAUGACCCUCUGGUAGUUUCCAUGGUCGUUGCUAAUUUCACUGUUCGACGAAUACUGAUAGACAAUGGUAGCUCGGCUGGCAUACUAUUUCUUAGGGCGUACGACAAAUUGAAAAUUGGCCGAGAGAAGCUCUGA